GUGGACACUGGGGAAUUCGAAAACCUGCGCAGAAGGAGCAUUGCGAAGGGGAGUGGGCUGCAUGGCCAUGGCGUGCCUCUUUGUUUGAAAAGUAUUUUGUUGAACGUUCUAGCUGCAUGAGAGUUGUGAAGGAGAGCACGUACCGGUUCCGUAGUUGGGGAUCCCACGCAGGUCGAUUCGGGGGCCACUGUUCUGGGUUGCAGGUUGAGUAAGAAAAGGAGGAAUACGGUUUGUGGAAAAGGACUCAUCGUGCCCUUGUGCAGCUCGGGGGCGAAGUACGGGGCAGGCGUCUCUAUUCAAUGCACGCUUGUGAUUGCAGAAAAAGCUGUAGUUGCUGAAGAAGUGAUCCAGAAAGAUUACCCGUUGAUUGAAAAUAAAGUCAGUGCCCCCUUCAUGGGUCAACCGUGACUUUUCAAGAACCAUGCAGGCUUGAAAGGUUUAGAGCAUAAACCGUGAUAGUUUUGCUGUCUUAUCAUCGAAGAGAUUGUUGUAUGCAAGACACUUCUGCAUCAAAGCAGCAUAUCACAGAAGCACCAGCAGCUUGACACAAAAUGGCUGAGACAGGAAAUGCAUCCACGCAGUUUGGCACCGAGCCUGCUCUAGUGGGUGCAGUCCCUGCCGCAAGAGAGUCUGCAGAUCAGGCAGCUGAGCAAAACCCAGCCAUCCAGCAAGCCCAAUAUAAAGUCCCGGUCCCAUAUCCCGGCGCCUAUUAUGGCCCGCACCAUCCCCCUUACAUGUGGGGACCCCAGCCGGCUAUGAUGGUGCCUUAUGGAGCACCAGGAGCAUAUUACCCUGGAUAUCCUCCCCCCCCGGCACCCGGAGCAGCUCCUGCUUAUUACGCAGCCACGCCCCCCAAGCCAACCGGUGCUGAGGGUGGCUCUGGUAACCUAAACACAAGAAGGUCGAGCGGCAGUGACUCGGGUAGCAGUGGGGACGACGGGAGGGGUGAUGGGAACUCGGGGCCCAGUGGCCCCGCCACUUAUACGUAUGGUCCGGGAGGAGAGUUACAAUGGGGGAUUGGGGUUCGUAGGGGGAGCGCCUCCGCGCUGAAUGGCGACCUGGGGGCAGGCCCUUUCCUGGACGAGCGCGAGCUGAAGCGGCAGCGGCGGAAGCAGAGCAACCGGGAGUCGGCGCGGCGCUCGCGGCUUCGCAAGCAGGCCGAGUCGGAGGACCUGGGCCGCGUAAAGAACAACCUGUCGGUUGAGAACAGCAACCUCAAGGCGGAGGUGCAGCGCCUCUCGGAGCGGGUGGCGCUGCUUACGCAGGACAUCGUGGCGCUCAUUGCUCAGGUUCAGGGGGCUGGUUUAGACCCUGUUCGCUUGGCCAGUGCUGAGGGGGCAAGCGAGCCUUUAUCAGCUGCGCCCGUUGAUCCUGCGGAUCCGCCACUUGCAACAGCGAUGUCGGUUGAGAACUUGACAGCAACGGAUACAGCUCCAGCUGAGGAGGCCCUGGAACCAGCGAGCACUACAGAUCCGCCCGAGGAAGCAGGAACCAACGGGGUUCCCGAGCAAGAGCCGAAAGGCGAUGUGCCGGUGUCAGGAGAAGCUCCACCAGGUGGAUCAUAAUAAGGCCCUCGUGCAGGGAUACUUUGCACAGAUCGAUAGUUGCAUGCUUCGAAAUGUCAUAACGUCGGUGGUGACGUGCAUGUGUGUAUGUACUGCAUAGGGGGGGCCAGGGUUGCCACAACAGAUGCCGGACGUGACAGAAGGUUCUAAAAGUUUACUACAGGAAAGGUUUAAGAAACAGGAAAAUGGGACAUUUAGUCUCUGUUUUAGCACAUAUGUAUAGGGCCUGAAGUCGACAGCUCAAAAUGCUUCGAAGCUCUCUUGUUGGUAUCAUCCAUAUGCAGUCCAUGUGAGUGAACUGGUUUAGCCACCAGCUAGAUAUGGGACGUAUAGCAUAUGUGCAGCGCAUGUGGUUUGCAAGAUGCGACCAGAGCAACAUGUAU